AUGACAGCAACAACAGUACCAGAAGCCGCCACUGGCGUUCUUCCGCGUGCGGACGGGUCUGCCAAGUACUCUCACGCGGGUUACAUCGUGACAGGCUCGGUGAAUGGGCCCAUUGAAGCGCAGCGGCGGGAUGAGCACCCAUAUGAGGCACACGUCGAUGUCAUCGUACGACCAGCAGCAGGGAUCGGGGGAACCCGGGAGCGGCACCUCGAGUCGAUUCUACAAUCCUCACUCGCCCAGAUCAUCCUUGUCAAGAACUUCCCGCGAUCUCUCAUCCAAAUAGUUCUACAGAUCGAGCACUCGCCAGAGAAUGACUAUGUGAACACAAAGUUGGUUCAGGCUAACCUGAACAUCUCCAUCAUGCCUGCACUAUUCCAGACUUCUGUGUUAGCGCUUCUCUCAGCCGGCGUGCCGAUGAAAGCAAUAGCAACUGCUACUGCUGUAGCGCUAAGUCAUCAAAAUGGCACAAAACAAACGAUAGUUGAUCCCUCGCCGAGGGAGGUUGAGACCGCCCAGUCAGUGCACGUCCUGGCUUUCACGUCUCAUGACGAGCUGCUUCUUGCUGAGAGCGAGGGCCACUUUACGGUCAAUGAAUGGGACGACGUCUACGAAACUGCCAGGAAAGUUUGCUGUCGACCUACGACACAAAAGGAGGGUAUUGCCAUGGUACUCGACGAUGAGGAUGCCAGCGGGCCGGAUAUGCGGCACUUUGUGAGGUCAACAAUGGAAUCAAAAGUGGCUACGGACCUGCAUUGGAAGUGA